AUGGCCCUCUUCCAGGCCGGGGAGACCCUGGCGUACGCUGGACUGUCCGCUAUGUACAUUGACAGGGAGGACCAUUUCGGCGCCCACAACUACGCGCCCAUCCCCGUUGUCCUGGAGCGCGGCCAGGGGGCGUUUGUGUGGGACGUGGAGGGCAAGCGCUACUUUGACUUCCUGUCGGCCUACUCGGCCGUCAACCAGGGCCACUGCCACCCCAAGAUCGUGGAUGCCCUGACGCAGCAGGCUGGCAAGGUCGCCCUCACGUCUCGCGCCUUCUACAACAACAUCCUGGGGGAGUACGAGGAGUACAUCACCAAGCUGUUUGGCUACGACAAGGUGCUGCCCAUGAACACGGGCGUGGAGGGCGGAGAGACGGCCUGCAAGCUGGCCCGCAAGUGGGGGUACGACGUCAAGGUGUGUGGGGUGGUGCGGCGCGGGUCUGCGGCUGGGCCGCCAAGCGGCGAUGGGAGGGCAGCGCACUGCGGGCAGCGGGGGCGGCUCGGGCUAUGGUUGCUGCGGGCGAGGGGCUUUUGA